AUGGCUCGAGCAGUUGGGCGUAUUUGUGGUGCUAAAGGUCGUAUUCGUAUGUGCAUUGAAAACGCUACACGAACUCGCAUAGUUGUUGCCGAUGAAACCAUCCACAUUCUAGGAAGCAAUGACCGUAUAGCAGUUGCCCGACGUGCAAUAUGUGAUCUGAUAUUAGGUGCUCCGCCAAACAAAAUUUUCGGAAAAAUUCGGACACAUGCGGCUAGACUAGAUUCUUCUUUGUAA